AUGAAUGAUCACAACCCCCAAAUGUAUGUUGAGAUUGUGGAGCCAGACUUAGAAGACUCCAUGAGGUCACUGGAAAGCUAUAAAUUUGAAGACCUCAGCCUCAAAGAAGGAUAUGAAGUGAGCAGAUUUGUGGAAACACCAAGAAAAGAUAUUUUGUGCCCAAUUUGUUUAGGUGUGGCCAGAGAGCCGCUUGAAUGCAUUCAGUGUGGGAUUUUAAUCUGUAAAAAAUGCGCUAAUAUGAUGGCUCAUAGCACUAAUCGGUAUCUGCCUCAGCCGAGAUAUAUGGAGAAGCCAAGAUUGACCUGCCCUGUUUGCAGAUCCAAAGCAGCCCCAAGGGAGCCCAGCCUAUUGCUAAUUAAAUACAUAAACAGCUUAAAAAUCUACUGCAAAAACAGAUCCCAAGGCUGCCCCGAAAUCUGCGCCCUUGAAAAUAUAAAGCAGCACCAGAAAAUCUGCCAAUUCUCUACAAUCUGCUGUGCAAACCAACAAUUUUGCAAUAGAAAAGGUAGUAAAAGUGACUUCAUCACGGUAAACUUCCCCAAGCCUAGGAUUGCUAGCUAUUUCAAUAACUCAAGAAUUCGAAAAAAGGACAAAGUCGUGUGUAGUGAGGCAUGCAAAAAAUUGCUUCUUAUGAAGCAUGCACUUGAUUCAGGACAAGUCAAUGAAGCACUUAGCAUGUAUCAUACAGCCAUUAAUGAAUUAGUUUCUCCAAGGUCAAAGUAA